AUGCAUCGAUCUGCGUACUGGUCUCGGGCGCCUCAUCCUAGCACUAUCCCCGGCGGCUCGUGGUCCGUCUUCAACUGGAACACCAACACCAUUGGCAUUCGCACGCAGCGCGUGGAGUAUGCCGACCAGUUGCGUCAGCCCCAAGUCGAGGUGGCUUUUGAGGAACUCAUUUGCUAUCUCCUGGACCUGGGGGCUGUACCCAAUGCCCACGGCUGGAGACUGUUGAGGAAUACUGGGCUCUGGACUCCUGUCGGAUGUGCAUUGAUGCAGAGUCCUGAUGGAACCCACAAAGCGCUGACCGUGGCCCCCUUGGACAAUUCUGACGGGCAUCUGAGCCUGGCCGUUAGCUGGUCGUCGCACUGGACGACGAGAGACCAUACGUCGCUGCCACCAUAUUGGGUUCGCUUGCCAGCACCUUCUCCCGAGGCUCAGACACUGGCACCGAUCGAAAACUCAACCGACACGAAAGACAGCCAAGAUAUCGAAUCACAGGUCGAUGAGAAUCAUAUCCCUCCCUCUACCCCUGCUCCGAAGAAGGUUUCUUCCAGAACCAUUAUUUGCAAGAUUGCUUCUCAGGGCCUCAUAGCCGCCCAGCACGAGCUCGAUCCGGAGUCGCCACCGUCAUCACACUCCGACCCUGGCCCCGAGUCGCCGCUGGACAACCUUCCCAUCGACCACCUCCGCCCAGCCACCACAGCGAUCUGGUUUGCGAGCGCGGCAACAGCCUACGGCACCUCCGCUCGCACCCUGCUCUGGUCUCAUCGCAUCCCGGAGACUCUCCUAUCCUUCGUCCGCCGUGCGUCCAUUCCCUGUGGCGUUCUCGAGUUGAUCUCUCUCGUCGAUCCCUCGGCAACACCUGAGUGGGGAACUCUCAGCGCCGAUGAUUCCGAGGCGCGACGUGUGGAGCUCAUGAUGCGGCGCAUGAGGGAGCAGAGAGGCCACAUGGAGAAGGAGGCUCGCAUGAGCGUCGCGGAGAGGCAGCAGGCCAUCAAGGCGCGGAUGGAGCGCGAGAACCUCCAGAGACUCGACGAUUUCCGCGACAAGAUGCACGCGGAUCUGCAGAGAAAAGAAGCUCGUCUGCUCGAAGCGCUGCAAUCGCCCAAGUGGACGCCCGCGCAACUGGCGCCCCACGCCCUGCGCUGGCUCAAGGAGAACUCGGCGUGGGGGAGCAUCUUCUCCUCCGUGGCGGUGCCUGAAGUCCCAGUUUCCUGGUCGCUGAAGCCGGUGCUGGGUCCGCUGCUCCACACCAUUGUGCUCAAUGAUGAGCUUUCUUCUCGGCUCGUCGCGGCGCUCGAAUCAUGGAAGGCAUGGUCUGAGAAUGGAGGCAUGCGCCGCACGGACAUUGAUGCGCUGAUGAAGGAUGCCGAUGGCGAUAAGGAGGCCUUUGCGCUCGCAAGCCUGGUCGCCGCGGGUAUUGGCGAGGCCACGUCUGGAGAUGGUAUCACUGGAGCGAGGGCUGGGGAUGCUGUGGGGGCUGACAUGCAAGAGUGUCUCGGAAUGUGGCCAAAAAUUAGGCUGGGAUGA